AUGACCUCUAGAGACCUUACAGCUAAGGAGAAGCUGAAUGCCCAUGAGAACACCGUGAAGAUUGAAAAUGCACUACGGAAAAUGAAGGAUCGAGAUGUUACCAACAGUCAGGAUCCUACCAUUUACAUCGACGAUAAUGGUGAAAAAUUUAACACAAGGGAAAGGAUUGUGAAGUCGGUCACACCACCAACUGAUAAGAUACCCACUGAUGAAGAAUUGUUUCCAAAGCCUACUGGUUUGCCAGAUUAUAAGUUCCUGAGAGAACAUUUUAAAAGGGAGGGGAAACUAACCCAAAACCAAACACUGAGAAUUAUCCACAUGGCUACGAAAAUAUUUGAGAAGGAACCAAAUUUGCUAUAUGUACCAUCUCCUGUGACUGUAUGCGGUGAUAUACACGGACAACUCUAUGAUUUGUGCAAGCUGUUCGACAUUUGUGGAGAUCCAGACACAACUUCGUUUUUAUUUCUGGGUGAUUAUGUUGAUAGAGGUUCAUACUCAUUGGAAGUUCUAAUCCUAUUAUAUGCUAUGAAAAUCAAUCACCCAAAAACAUUCACAAUGCUUAGGGGCAAUCACGAGUCCAAGCAAAUGACCCAACAUUUUACGUUUAAAAGUGAGUGCCUGGUCAAGUACUCUAUCGAUGUCUACCAAGCUUCGCUGAAAUCCUUCUGCACAUUGCCAAUUGCAGCCAUAAUGAACAAACAAUUCUUUUGUGUUCAUGGUGGUAUUUCCAAAGAUAUAAAAUAUAUCUCAGAUAUUGAAGAAAUAAAUAGAUUCCAAAUGGAUUUCCCCUCUCAUGGUGCAUUUUGUGAUCUCAUGUGGUCUGAUCCUUCCAAUUCGUUCGACGAUGAGGAAUACGGCUCUAAGAAGGUGAGGAACUUUGAAGAGAAUUACGAACGUGGAUGUUCUUACAUGUACUCUUACAAUGCUGUCUGCUCGUUUCUUGAGAGAAACAACUUGUUAUGUGUCAUCCGUGCACAUCAGGCACAAGAUAAGGGGUAUAGAAUGUACAAGAAGACGCCAACACAACAAUUCCCAUCUGUCAUCACUCUAUUUUCUGCUCCUAAUUAUUGUGGUACAUAUGGCAACAAAGCAGCGGUUUUGAAAUAUGAUGUAACCACAAUGAACAUCAGGCAAUUUAGCGCACAGAAUGAGCCAUACCAUUUGCCAAACUUUAUGAACGUCUUUACGUGGUCGGUACCGUUUGUAGCAGAGCGGGUCUGUGAAAUCCUAUACAGUGUGUUAAACAUCUGUACUGAAGAGGAACUGGAGAUGGAAACCCCAUUAUCCAAAGAACUAACACAGUCUCUACUUAAAAUUCAACAAGAGUGCAAGCUUAGGGGGAAGAUGUCUCAGAUUCCUAAGGAAAAACAAAGUCCUGCUACCGUUGCAGAUGCUACUAACGCAACUCACGGCAGUAGCGCAGUUUCAACAUCCUCUGAGGCUCUCGUUGGAAACGAACAAACAACUGAUGCCAAGACAUUGGCUAAUGCCGCAUUGCGUAAGAAGAUUUUAGCUAUUGGCAGAUUAUCGAGAAUGUUUCAUCUCCUAAGGCAAGAGUCUGAAAAAGUCGAGCAGCUUAGGGCCUAUUCGGGUGGUUUAAGCUUACCCAAGGGUGUAUUGGUUGAGGGAAGUGAAGGAAUCGAUGAAAAGAUAUCCCAUUUUGAGAGGGUUCGUUUGGCUGAUUUAAGAAAUGAAGCUAUGCCAAAAUCUACAGAAGAACAAAUCAAAGAAAGUGACGACAAGUAUAGGAAAUUAUGGGAGCGUGUUACCAGGAAGUAA